AUGGCUAACAUUGAUCUGUCCCACCACCUCUCCGCGGAAGCGCGUCUCCGCAAACCUACGGCCAUGAAAGAGAUCUGGCGACUUGCUUCGCGCAAGCCAAAUAUGGUGUCUCUAGCCAACGGCGAUCCUCCAAACACACUCUACCCAAUCAAAAAAGUGUUGUUUGAGAUCGCCUCUCCCUGGGGCGACGACCCCGUCGCAGCCUGGAAGACAGAGGGCUCCAACACGGCAACGCAAGUAAUCAGCGCGACGCGCGACGGGCCUUCUGUCCUCCCUGUCAAGAAGGCCAUGCAGUACACGAACGGGGCCGGGCACGUCGAGACGCAGAAGGCAGUCUCAGAGCUCGCGCACGCGUACCACCACCCGCCGAAUCACGUCAUAACCUUGACGCUCGGGAACGGAGAUGCUGUCACGAAGUGCUUCCGGCUGUUCGGGAACCCUGGGGACCACUUCCUCGCGGACGAGUUCACGUUCAGCGCGCUCGUCCAAGCGGCCAUCCCGCAAGGUAUCAAAUGGGUCCCGGUAAGGAUGGACGACGGAGGGAUGCUUCCGGAACAGUUGGAGAAGAUAAUGGUGAAUUGGGACGCCACGCGAGGACCAAGACCGCAUGUUCUCUAUACCAUCCCAUGUGGACAAAAUCCAACAGGUUCGACGUUGAGUGUAGAGCGGCGCCGGAAGAUCUAUGAGCUUGCUCAACGAUUCGACCUCAUCAUUAUCGAAGACGAUCCGUACUACUUCUUGCAGUUCCCCUCGAAUUCUGCCGCAGAUACAACAUUCACCCCGUCCUUCUUGUCAAUGGAUGUAGAUGAACGUGUCGUCCGGGUCGACUCGUUCAGCAAGGUCAUUGCUCCGGGCACGCGGCUCGGGUGGAUAACGUCCAGCGCGCAGUUCCACGAGCAGCUAGUCGCUCUCACGGACGCGUCCAGCCAGCACCCCCACGCGUUCGGCCAGAUGUUCCUCAGCGAGCUCCUAGGUCCAGAAGGGUGGCAGCUACCGGGGUUCGACAAGUGGGUACGCGGUCUCGGGAUGGAGUACAAGCGCCGCUGCGACUUCUUCCUCGACUUGUUCGCCAAAGAAGUCGCCACUACUGGCCUUGCGGAGGCGAUCGCGCCGGAAGCCGGUAUGUUCGUCUGGACGCGUAUUCAUAUCAGCAAGCAUCCUAGAUACCGGAAAAGUAUCGCGAGCUCUGAAGAAGUGAAGGUUCCUCGCACGAAUUGCAAGCAACUAAUGGAGGAGUUGUUCGACACGUGCCUUGACGAAGGUCUGGUGGUGAUGCCCGCGUCCAUCUUCAAAGUAGACUCAGACGCGCAGUAUGGUGAUCCCGAAGAUAAUAUUGAGGACCGAUUGAACUAUUUCCGCCUGACUUAUUGCGGGACGGAGGAGAUCAUGACGACAGGUCUAUCGACGCUCGGGAGAGCUCUCAAGCGCUUCUUCGCGGAUUAA